AUUUCGUGCAUAGAAUAUACAGAGCAUUACGAACAGCUAGUAUUGAUUGCAGCGGCCAGUAGCGUCUACGGUUGAUAGCCGAAUUCAAUGUUCGAAAGCGUUGCUGGGUUGUGUAGUCCGCGUUGAGCCUUAGAAGUCUCGCUAAAAUUUCGUAUUCGUACCUGAAUUUGCUUUUCAAUUUACCGACCAAACACCUUGGCUCCAACGAAAUAGCAAACACACAGUUCGUGAAACAUCGACAACGGUGACAUGGGGACGGAAUCGAUGGAAGAUGUCGGGACAAUACUGCGGUCCAUCCUCACGAGCGAAAAGUCCGGCAUACUUCUUCGUUUCCUCGACAAUGAGUACAGGACCCUGACAGGCACUCGCAUCCCGUAUCGACAGAUGGGAUUCAGCACAUUAGAAGAGUAUCUGCACAGCAUCCCGGAUGUCGCCAGGCUAAGCACGAAUGCGGAAGGGAACACUGUGGUGCACGUGGUGGUCAGCGAAUCAACUGCUCAUGUCGCUCAGAUGGUCAGAGGCCAGAAGUCUGCUAAAACCAGACCCGUAUUACGAAAGUCAUAUCGGCGGCCUUCAGGUCAAUAUAAUGCUGGGUACCGGCCAAACCACCUCCUUUCCAAGCUCACACGGUCGAGACCUCCGCCUACAUCCUCUGGAGUAUAUGGUAGAAAUACCUAUACAUUGUAUACCAUUUACAAGCGACGACCAGGCUACGAGCUAUACCAUCCACCACAGCAAAGAAGUUUUGGCACAACAUCCACUAGACCAGUGCAGAAUUCACACAACUGGUCUCGGAAAAGCUCAACCACCAGCCAGUCCUCAGACAUAGCAGUCAAUGACAAAACAACACACAGUUCCUCUGCAAGUCAGCAGCCCCGAUCAACGUACCAGACUCCUCCAAGGUUCCAAAAGGCUACGCAUUCUGCCAGCAGCAGCCGGAGUCCAAGUAAGGGUCGCGAGGGCUGGGGCAAAGAGAGUGAGCCCAGGGCUGUAACUUCUGUUGUGGCACGGCAGCCGUCAACUGAUGCCAGUUUCAAGCAGUCUGAAAACAAGCACAGCAGCUGGCAGGAGCUGGACAACAGCUGGUCCAAAAGCACAUACAAGCCUUCGGCUAGGAGUGCAGCUGAGUUCUGGGAGUUUGGUGCAGGAGACACUGGCAAGCAGCCCUUGGCGCCAUCGCAGACCACAACAGCUGCCAGUGAGGCUAGCAGAGCAGGAAGUGACACGGCUCCGAGUGGCAAAGACAUCAAGCAAAGAGUGGCAUCAAGUGUCUGUUCAAAACCAGCCGAACCAGUGGCAACAGCAACAACCAACAAGACCUUUGACUGGGCUGACAAGCUAGGAUCCAGUACGACUACAUUGAUGGCAGCGCCAGCACAGCCAAAGUCCACCAGCACAGAGGCAACGCCAAGUAUGCUCACAGAACGGAGGCUCAAGAACGAAACAGGCCAGCCCCGGUUUGACCCAUUUCGGCAACCCAUUUCCCUGGAUUUCAUCCCUAUGCCCUCGCCUGAACAUGCAGCUGCAGUAGCGACAGCAGCCGCAGCGGCUAUGCCAAGCCUGGUGCCAAGUCCCACAUUGUCUUCACCUGCUCCAAAGGAACUUGGCAUUUCACUGCGGUUUCAUGAACCUAUUGCCACCAAGGCACUGACACUUUCUUCCUUGCAACCUGUACACAUGUCCAGUACACCAUCGGUCCAGUCACCACUAGUGCCCUCACCUUCUGGGCCGCUGAGCAAGCCACGACCAGCUGUAGAAGAGGAAGAUGAAAUACCAGUGAGGGGCAAGCACUUCACUGUGGAUGACGUAGCCAUUCCUCAGACGCCCAACUGCCAGCUUGUCCUGGCAUAUGCGCAUCGGGAGGGCCUUGCGCACUCCUACAGCACCAUGCAGGACAGGAGCCAGCGCAAGAAAGGGCCUGCAGCCUGGUUGGCCACGUUGCGGCUUGGGGAACGCAGGUUCCCAUCGUAUCCCGAGGAGAAGGCCACGCAGGACGAGGCAAAAGAAACUGCGGCCGCACGGGCUGUCGCAGAGCUUGGGCUCCGCGCAGCUGCAUUGGCUACUUAUCCUGUAACUCCCGUCUCAUCUGCCGAAGAAAUAGCAGUCUUGGUAGACCGGUUAACAAGUUUGGUGUUGAGUAAACCACAUGGAAUUCUCAAGGAAGGAGUAGAGGUGUUAUACAAAGAAAAUUACUCGGAGCAGCUUCCAGGGAGCUGGUUUGAGCACCUUGUGAGGUCUGAGCUUGUCCACAUUGAGAGAGGAAGCCGCUGCAUUCUCUACCCACGUGGGGGCAGUGACCGGUCGUCUCCAGUUCAGCAAAACGGCUGUGCUUUGUCAAUUGACUGGACCAGCUCGCCGAGCAGCUCUACUGGCGAGCCAUCCACGAACAUCGACUACCUUGAUGUGUUCGUGUCCUGCGUCUCAAGCACUGCCAGUGUGUGCUUCCGGUUUGUCGAAUAUGAAGCAGCAUAUGAGAAGCUACUCGAGGAAAUGGCUACAUUCUUCAACAGUGGGGCAGGUACUAAGGGAGUCGUCAGUUUGCCCAAACAGACUGAACUGUAUGCCACCUUUCACGAUGAGCGCUGGCUCAGGGUCCAGCCCCUCAAGGAUGCUGAGAAUGGAAAGGUUGAAUGUUGGUUUGUUGACGAGGGAAACAACAGCCUGAUCCCGGUCGGAGAUCUGUGGGAGCUGCCAGAGCGCUUUGCCGAGCUUGCCCUUCAGGCAAUUGAGUGCCAACUUGACGGACUGCUCGAGUAUGCUGACUGUGAUGGUAUCGUCAACAUCCUCAGCGAUUUACUUCUGGGGAAGAACUUGGUCGCUGAAAUUUUACAGAGGGAGGAUCCAGUGUCAGUAAUCUUGUACGACACAUGGGGGCCCGAUGAUAUCAACAUGAAUCAUAUGGUGUAUUUAAGUUUAAUGAAACCACGACUGCCGGAGAAAGGCUGUGUGGGACGCUGCUAUCUGAGCCACGUUACCGACAGCGGCCUGCUCUGGAUACAAGUAAAGGGACCAGGAUUCGAAACCCUCAACAACUUCAUGACCGCUGUCAACGACUACUGCAAGCGAGCCACUUCGAUGGUUGACGAUCCAGUGGCAAACAAGGUGUACGGCUGCUUGAGUCGGUCAGACCAUGCCUUCUACCGCUCUGUUCUGCUUUCUCCUGAGCCACUGCCUUCUGGAGAGUUUCGAGUGCUACACGUGGACUACGGCUAUGAAGAGCGAUGCUACCUCUCGGAGUUCCGAAAUGUUGACAGUCUCGGUGACUUUGUUCUUCGCCUACCUUUCCAGGCAGUGCCUUGCCGGUUGCGAGGGCUUACCGAAGAAGACGGCUUCUGCUGGUCUCAGGACAUUUCGACUCAAGUGCUUAAUCUCAGUGGAGGGCAUCACGUUGAGCUUCUUAUUCGGGUUGCCAAACCAAAUAUGGACGCGCAGGAGCCUGUAGUGGAGCUCUUCAGGAGAAACGAGGAGAGCCGGGAGCUGAUUUCAAUCAACAAUACUGUCAUUGAAGCACUGAAGCAGACUCGGUGUCCUGGUUUACACUAGUCGGAACUCUAUUCUUCUGUUUCAAGAUUAUGCAAAGAAGGGCAAGCCAUUGAAUCAACGUGAAGCUUGGCAGGCCUGGACAAGAAAGACUCAAGAAGCUGACUUUUCUUUUUUCCUAUGUCAUUCUGCCAGUCUAUUUCUUUCUCUUUCUUCUGUGUGUGCAUGCAUGUAUGUGUUUAAAUAGGCAUUGUUUCGUCUUCCUCUCUCUCUCUCUCCUUUUUUUUUGCACUGUGCAUGAGAGCUGGCGAGUGAGUAAUGAGACUCUUUACCCAGAAUCGAAGGGUGGUGUCUCGCUGAAUACAUGAGGUCGAAGACAGAUCUUCGCCAUAGUCAUCAGUUAUAGCCACAUUGUCGUUUUAGCCCUUGUGGCGGGCUUGUUGCUUUGCUCCUGUUAGGUUUUGAGACUUCAGUAUUGUUGUGGUAUUCAUCCAUUUUUCAUAUAGGGUCACAACUUCAGUUGCUUCACAGUGUAUGAGCACUCACAGGGUCUCCAUGUCCCCAUGAAUGCAUUUCCAGGGCUUGUCUUGCUUAAUUUUUGUUUUUCAGCAAGAUUUCUUCCCCCGCAGCAUUUUCAUAGUAAUAUAAUGACACAUUCCCAUUUUGUAAAAUUUUUUUUCCCGCCCCAUUAGUCUGACAAGAGGAGGCAGUGCCAGCAUUACUGUAUUUGUUGAGUUUUGUCUGUAUUGAGCAGUAAUAUAUCGAUGGUAACUUCCUGCCCUGUCUUUGUUGCUCUGACGACAGGAUGCGGGAAUUUGUGAUAUGCUGACAAAACUGCUAGUGGAAGGUUUCUUUGAAGUGAUGUGGUAGGGGCAACACAUUCAAGAAAUGUUACUUGAACUAAUGCUCAUGUGGGGUAUUUGAAGUGUGAAGCUUUCCACAUGAUACAAAUAAAGGUCAGACAUUCUUUUUUUUUUUUUCCUGGCCACAUUUGUAGCCAUGAGUAAGUCUGUUUAAGAGUACAAAGGCAAGUAAGAAGCACCUGCAUAAAGAUCAGGUUGCUUCUAUCGCUCUCCCUCUCUUCCUUUUCUUCAUUAAGCACAUGUUAUUAACAUGUCUCCUCUCACUAUUAUUUUCCCCAGAAGUCUGAUGAUUUGUUGUUCACAUUGAUGCAAAGUUUAUUUAGUUGACAUAAUUAAAGACUUCUGUUGAUCGCA